UGAUAAGUGUUCUACGCAAAUUAAAUUUUGCGGCAAUUCCUGUGCGGCCUAACCGUUUUUGAAUGUCGUCUAAAGUGACUUAACCGAGUAAACAAGUACAUAAACAAGUAAGUAGUAGGAAGCACGGGUGUUAUACGACAAAGAUGGUAUGCGUUUGGUAAAAAAAAGCACAACACGCGCGGAGGACAUCAUGGGAGAAGAAUCGGAUUUCAUUUGCGAUUCUGUGAACCUGUUGACGGAAGGAUGUCGCUUGUCGGUGAGAAUGCACAGCAGCGACGAUUGGCCGCUCGCCGAAAUAAUAAGUAUCAAAGACGUGGGAAACAUGCGAUUCUAUUACGUCCAUUACAUUGAUUAUAAUAAAAGAUUAGACGAAUGGGUGACCGAAGAACGACUGGACACUCGCAAAGUGCAGUAUCCCAGAAAAGAUGGACAAACCACCGGUACAGCCGGAAACGCUGGAGGAGGCGGAGGUACAGGCGCUAGUACGCCAAAUCGUAAAACGGAAAAUAUUUCCAUUUUAUCGCAAAGCAGACCGGCAUCGCCUCUGAGCGUACCCCCUGUGCCUACACAGAACGAUCCUACAGUGCUAACAGCCGCUUUGCAAAAGAAAAUUGCUAGAAAAAGGAAAUUAGUCGAUACAGAAGAAUCCCAAGAAGUAGCCACAGCUACACCACGUCAAACGGGUUCCAUGGUUAUGCAACACGACGAUGUCGUUACAAGAAUGAAAAAUGUAGAGAUGAUCGAACUUGGUUUGCACAGAAUAAGUCCGUGGUACUUUUCACCCUAUCCACAGGAAAUGGUUAACUUAAAUUGUAUUUACAUCUGUGAAUUUUGUCUCAAGUACAAGAAAAGCAGAACCUCUCUUUACCGACACAGCAUAAAAUGUAAUCUAAGAAAUCCGCCUGGAACGGAGAUAUACAGAAAAGAGUCAAUAUCGUUUUUCGAAAUUGACGGUCGCAAGAAUAAAUCGUACUCGCAAAACUUAUGCUUGUUGGCCAAGUUGUUUUUGGACCAUAAAACGCUGUACUACGACACCGACCCGUUUUUAUUCUACGUCAUGACAGAGUACGACCUAAAGGGUUACCACAUAGUCGGCUACUUUUCUAAAGAGAAAGAAUCCACCGAAGACUAUAACGUUGCGUGUAUUCUCACAUUACCUCCGUACCAGCGUAAAGGCUACGGCAAACUGUUGAUCGAAUUCAGUUACGAGUUAUCGAAAUUUGAAGGAAAAACCGGCACACCCGAGAAACCGUUAUCGGACUUGGGAUUGUUGUCGUAUCGCAGUUACUGGAGUCAAACGAUAUUGGACAUACUGUUGACUGUUAAACCGACACCGGACAACGAAAAACCCCAGAUAACUAUCAACGAAAUUUGUGAACUGACCAGUAUUAAAAAAGAAGAUGUCGUGUCCACGUUGCAAAUCCUCAACCUGAUCAACUACUAUAAGGGACAAUACAUAAUAUCCAUCAAUAAAGAUAUAAUAACUACUCACAUAGAUUCGUUUCAAAAAAGGAAAGUCCGAAUCGAACCGAAAUGUUUGCAUUGGACACCUAAAGAUUGGUCUAAACGUGCCAAGUGGUAAAAAAUAAUAUAAUAUAUGUAUAGUCAUUUUUUUUAGUGACUGUAAACUGCUUUUUUUAUUGUGUAUAUAUAUAUAUUCUCAUAUUUUAUGUUUGGUACACGUGUGACAACUUAAUGUUAAAAUUAAAUUUGUAUAAUAAUAUAUAUAUUAGAAAAAAAAAUUUGAAUACACUUAAUUUAUUAUUAAAACAAAAAAAAAAACAUUAU